UAGGAAGUGACUAUGACAGCGAGGAAGAAGGUGGACAUAGACGCUCCACUCGUGCAUCAACACGUAGAUCUGCACGCAAUCAGGCUAAAAAAGCCAAGAAAAAACGGGUUAAAUACAGGGAGCCAUCGGAAUCUGAUUUAUCAGGAUCUGAGACGGAACAAGAUUCAACAAACUCUGACAAUAGUGGACCAGUAAAACCAAAGAAAAAAUCACGUAAAUCUCGGGAUGAAUCUGAUUGGUCCGAUGCUAGUGAUUCAUCAAGGGAUCGAUCGAGAAGAAAAUCAAGGAAAAAAUCUCAUAAAGUACAAACAGAAUCUGAAAGUGACAGUGACAGUGAAAAUGAUCGCAAACUUAAGAAAAAACACAGGUAUGAGGAGGAUAGCGAUUUUGAAGACCAUUUAAGUGAGGUUGAUGAGAGAUAUGCUCGUAAAAUGAGAAAACGGAAAUUGAAAAAGAAAAAGAAGAAAAAAUAUUACUCCGAUUCAGAUAGCAGUUCAAAACAUAAAUCGAAGAAAAAGAAAGUGGAAUCAGAAACUGAGGAAAGUGACUCGAAUGAAAAAAACAAAAAGAAAAGUAACGUUAUUGAAUCUGAUUCGGAGAAAACUGAAGUUGAGGACAACGCUGGUGAUGACGCCCCCUCAAAAGAAAUAGUAGAUGAUUCCAAAUUAGAAAAAAAAAAUUUAGUCAAUUUGAAGCAAGUUGAAAAAAGACCUUUUUGACCUUGAGAAGGUCAUUGAAGGUCAAAGGUCAAAUCUAAAGUCAGAUUUGAACUUCUGAGAACUUGUAAAGUCAAAUUUGAACUUCUGAAAAGAUGUAGAUGAUUUUGAAAAAAAAAAUUGGUCAAUUUGAAGCAAGUUGAAAACAGACCUUUUUGACCUUUUUUGACCUUGAGAAGGUCAUUAAAGGUCAAAUGUCAAAUCUAAAGUCAGAUUUGAAUUUCUGAGAACAUGUAGAUGAUUUUGAAAAAAAAAAUUAGUCAAUUUGAAGCAAGUUGAAAAAAGACCUUUUUGACCUUUUUUGACCUUGAGAAGGUCAUUAAAGGUUAAAUGUCAAAUCUAAAGUCAGAUUUGAAUUUCUGAGAACAUGUAGAUGAUUUUGAAAAAAAAAAUUAGUCAAUUUGAAGCAAGUUGAAAAAAGACCUUUUUGACCUUUUUUGACCUUGA